AUGGCGAACGAAGGUGCCUCGAAUGUUUACGUUGAUUCCCGAUCUUUCCCGAAAGACGAUGGAAAGCGUUUGACAAAGGAAUACCACCUAAGACAAGGCGCUCUGAGAGGUCUUAUAGUGAAGCCUAGUAGACAAUAUGACUUACAACAUGUGGAGAUGUUUCUGGGUAUUCCUUAUGCUGCUCCACCUACGGGUAGCCUGAGAUUUAUGCCACCAGACCUAUACCAUACUAAACUAAACCACAGACAGAACUUUAAAUCAGCUCAUGUCCUAGUGGCUUCUCCAAUUAAUUACAGGAAAGCUAACGGGAACACGCUGUCGGCCCGAGCUACUGCAGUCUCUUAG